AUGGCUUCGCAGGGCGAGAACGACGUGGCAAGCCUGUGUCCGGGGCAGGACUCCGUGGAGGUGGACUCGUCCGACACCCCGGAGGACAAGUUUGCGAAAGUGGCUCUGGAAGACUUGGGCCGUGUCUUCACACAGUUUGGUGGCCCAGCGCAGUACCUGCAAAGGAACUUGCUUACGGAAGGGGAAAGGACGGCCUUCCGUGACUACCUCCACAACCUGUUGCCAGAACAGGAUGAGGUCUUCUACGCGAGUGAGGCCGACUUGCCCAAGGUGAAGGACAACGAAGAUCUUGCUACCCAGCUGCCGCUCGCCGUGCGGGUGUCCAGCCUAGGCUUCGACACUGUUUGUUCCUUGAAGCCAAGCCCAGGGCAGCAGGUGGCCAAGGAGCUGCUAGAGCACUACCUCAAGGACGGCUUCGUGACUGCAGGUGAGCCGCUGCUGGUGACCCAAUCUGUGGACCACGCACCGGGUCUGAACCCACCCGUCGCCACGGACACAGGCCUCAAGUGUUUCUCGUUAGGGUACAUCAAGGGCAUGGCACGGUCAACGACAAUGUUGUGUUUCCUUCACAGGGCGUUUGUGCGUGGGUGGGACUUGCAGUCGUGCCACAACAAGUUGUGGCGAUCCCUUCUCGUUGUCUACAUUCACCGCUUGCAGACUGGCAGCAAAGUGGAGGAAGCCCUGAAGAACAUGCAGUACUCCACCCGUGGUGCUGUGCGAAAGGCGAACUCUGUGAUCCAGAUUGUGAAGAUGAUCCAGACGCUGCUGCAGCAUGGCAUGCAGGACUUUACUGUCUUCACUCGGCAGUGGAACCAGAUGGCUCCGACUUCUCAUCGCUUGGUGGGAAAGAAGUCCCAAGCCUUGAAGCUGCUGUUCGAGCUGGCCCCACAGGCAGUCCUCGACGAGGUGGUGGAGCAUGUAGGGUACUGGGGAUGGGAUUCCGCAGCUUGGACAGACGACAGUCUGGCGUCCAAGAAAGUCUACCCUGGCUACCAAUUUCCUGCGAAGGUGAAAUCCUGGCUGCCGCGAGUCAAGGUGUGUGCCGAGAGCAUGGAGCUCUUUGUCCGCCGCGUCCAUGACUCGCAUGCCCAGCUGCCUGAAUACAUGCGCAAGUUCAAGAAGGACCAAGCUGCUAUGGACCAGCUUGCGGAGCGGGCAGCGUUCAUCUGGAAUGUGGGCCAGGAGUUUCUGCAGCAAGUUCCUGUCAAGCCUGGGGAUCUGCAGACUGGCUUCUACGACCUGUGGGCAUUUGGAAGCUCCUCUGUGGACACAGACGCCCAGGCCGCUUUGAUGGACAAGUCUGCGAGCUUUGACGUGACAAAAAGCAUGUCUUCCCUUCGGGCGUUGAUGGAGGCCCACCUCUUCACCUCGCCAGUCCCGCAGUCUCUGGCUGACAAAGACUCCCUGGACGUGGACGCGUGGGAGCUGCAAGAGAAGCAGCUGUGCUACGACUUGAACGUCUUCGAAACCUACAAGAAGAAGUGUGCAGCAGCCGAGACUGCUCGCGAAGCAGCCAAGCAAGAGUGGAGGCUUCGGCGACGGGAAAAGUGUGAGCAGGCCACCACACAGUUCGUCGACACUUGCUGCAAGCUCGUCGUUUGGGACGGCAAGAAGGCAGAGUUGACAGUUGCAGAGGCUGCGAAGUUCAAGCGCGAGAUGCUCCAGAAGUGCGGUGCUGCGGGGCAGCCAGACAGACUGCCUGCCCUCGUCUUCCUGAAUUACACGAGCCCGUGCCUCAUCUACGCAGAGCAUUUCGCAGCGCAUCAGCACGUUCUCACGUGGGCGAUGCAUGAGUCCGGCCAUGGUGUCGGUCUGCUGCUCGCGCCAGUGUUCACGUACAACAAAGGGCGGAUUCACCUGGAGGAGCAAAAGUUGUUGACCAUGUUCGGGAAUGCGCACUUGAACGUGGACACGCACUUCUCUUUGCUUUACCAGGAGAAGGCAGACACCAGGGACUGCAGGCCGAUGACCUACCCAGGUCGUUUGGUCUUUCCUGGAGCUACGGACCUCUCCAAGUCUUUGUGGCAAGGCUGCUUGUUGCGCAAGCUGCAGCGCACGGCCCCCCAAGAGUUCGUGAAGUCAAAAGACCUUCGUGAGAUUGAAAAUUUGUCUGCCGACUCUUUGCCGCCCUCGACAGACCUGAGGGACAAUCAUGUCCACGGCGCUUCGAAAGUCUGCCAAGUCGGGCCGGAGGCAUGUGCUGCCUUGCUGCAGUCCAUGCUUGAGGGCGCAGACACCUCGAAGCUGACGGGCCUCCUCCUGCUGGACCUGUUUCCGCACACGGCCGACAUGCUGGAGGCGUUCUGCUUGCAGCAGCGUGUGCACGCAAAGAACUUGACUUUGUCCUACAUGGGCUUCUUCGAGUCACAGACACACCUCACUUGGGCUGAGACGUUCGUGAAGGAGAUCCUUGUGGGCAAGAUCGAGGAGGGUUCUUUGAACAUGCCAAAUGGGGACCGUCUUGACAAGGAGAUCAGCGAAGAUCUCCUGGAGAGCUUGCCCAGGAAACCGGACUUGAACGUCCUCGUCUGGACCAAGGAGGGCAACCUUGCCAUUCCUGCUGGUUUAGUGAAGAAGUGGCAGGGCCACGCCCUGGUCGGGGACAAGUUCGCCCACUUGCUCUCGAGCUUCAGCGAGAAGGGUGUCACCGUGGCAGACGACUCGGCAGCGACUGGGUCCACCGAGCAGGGCCAGAACCCGUCGCCUAACAAACGUGGUGGCGCGGACAACCAGGACUCCGCAGCCAAGCGGCUGAAACUUGACUUCUUGGACUUGAGCCAGCGACUUCUUGAGGCCAACGCUGUGAGCGAGCCCCUGCUUUUCGAAGCAGUUCUUGGGGGCAAAGCCGCUCCUACACUGCAACUCCGCUCCAACCACCUCGUGGUCCUCUACAACAAGACCGAGACCACGUACACGAGCUCAGCAGCGCCCUUCCUGGCCGGCUUCGGCAAGGGCAGCUUCAAGCUGGUCAAGCCUGGGGAGGACACCAAAGGCCACAAGUUUGAGAUGAAAAGCUCUGAGGACUUGGUGGUGCUGAACGGUUCUGUCCAGACACUGGGCAAGGUUGUGUGUGACAUGCGGGACAAGAAGCCCGACUGUCAGGUGUGCUACCACAAUCUGACACCUGACACGGAGGAUGCGAAGAAGUUCAGCCUCCAGACGACGCACUGUGUUGCCUUCCUGCCCAAAGGUCUCGAGGAGAAGGACAAGGUCGACCAGAACAACCUCGCUGUGAAGGAGGGGUGGGCCACUUGGCAAGACUCCGCUGCGGUGCAGCUGCUGUGGGCUGUGCGCUGGGUCACGAAAGGCCUCACUCCAGUCAAACCUGUGGUUCACCUUCGGCAAGCCGUGUCCCUGAACCCGGGCGCGAUGUGCAGGUUGUCAAAGUGA